AUGAUCAUCUGUGAAUGGAUAAAUAAUUCAUAAUUUGUGCUGUGUUUUUUUUUUCAUUCAAGAAUUCUUAAUUUUUUCCCUGCAAUAAUUUAAAUAUUUAAAAAUGAAAACAACAAUUGUGCACUCAAAGGAGAUUAGAAUAAUCAAAUAAGUGAGUGGGUGGGAACAAGUUAACAAUUUACUGCAAUUUUAUUCCUUAUACGAUCACUUGCAUUCAAUCACUUCGAUUCAUGCGGGACACUUUACAAGGUGCAAAUUGCUAGGUGAAAUUGACAAUUUUAGAGACAUAUAUUUAGAAUUUAAAAAGAAAAAAGAAAAUCUCCCAAUGUGGAAGAAAGAACCCCAGUGAUUAUUUUUUGUGUGAUUCGUUUUUAAUUGUGCGUGUUCAUUAAUUUUUUUUUGUGAAUAAUCAAAGACGCAAAAAGUGUAAAGUAAAGGACAUAUGAUGUCUCCAAGGCAAUGGCUAGCAAUGCUAGCAUUUUAUGUGUCCUAUUUGUUCUUUGGGGCCAGUGUAUUUUAUACUUUAGAACAGGAUUUAGAAACAGAAAGACGUAUCCAAGCUCUUCAAGAUCGAAUUGAUGUCAAUGAACUCCUCGUAGAGUACCUGGCACCAUAUAAUCGCACACUUCAGCAUGAACUCCUGGAAAAGGUGUCUGUGUACUGUGAAAAGCCAGUUACAAAUUAUACAGAGGACAAAUAUGUUGAUCCCUAUGUCUGGACAUUUUAUCAUUCCUUCUAUUUUGUGUUUACAGUCAUCUCAACAGUUGGAUAUGGAAAUAUUUCUCCGAAUAGUACUUUUGGAAGGAUGUUCAUGAUCUUAUAUGCCAUCAUUGGGCUGCCAAUUAAUGUGAUCACUCUGGCAGCUUUGGGAAAUUUCUUUGGAAACACGUUUGAUAAACUCCACAAUCGCUACAAGCAGUACAAGAAAUCCACAAAUAAACAUUAUGUGGCCAUGAAAUUGAGCUUGAUCGCCCAGGUCAUGCUCUAUCUGAUACCGGGCAUGCUAAUCUUCAUUUUCCUGCCGGCUUGUCUCUUCACCUACUUCGAAGACUGGCCAUACUCUGUGUCCGUGUACUACUCAUUUGUUACUCUCACAACCAUCGGUUUUGGAGACUAUGCUUGUACGUUUCAGCCCCAUCAACCGAGGGUGUUUGGAUCAUACUUUAUACUCUAUCAAAUCUUCGUGAUAUUCUGGUUUGUCUUUGGCCUCGGUUACGUUUUGAUGAUCAUGGGAUUCCUCGUCAAGGCCUACCAGAGUCGAAGGGUGAAACAAUUGGAGCACAAAUUAGCGUUGAGUCUCAAAGAGACGCAAAGUCGUGUAUGGCAAGGUGUGACGAAGGAUAUUGGAUUUUUGAGGAAAAUGCUCAAUGAACUGCAUAUGCUAAAUUUUAAGGCUGUGUACUCUGAACCUACAGAUAAAUUCCUUCAAUUUAAUAUAAAUCGAUCCGAAUCCUGCCCAGAAUUAACAAUGUAUCGCCCAGAUUCGCCUUCGGUCAUCUGCCGUAAGCGUGCCAUGAGUGAGAGUCAGUAUUCUAAAAUGGAUGGAAUGUUCACAUCCCAGAGUACUACAACUCUCAAUAGGACACAAUCUGACACGGAUCUGUCCAAGAUUGAUAGAAAGAGGACCUUUGAAGGGGGUAAAAAUGUGGCACAGCCUGGAGAAUUGCUGGCACAAUUGGUCUCAGCAUUGGGCCAGUAUAAGGCUCCUGAUGAUGAUCGACAGAGUAUUAUGGAGAUGGGAGGAGGAAUUCAUGGAUUCUCAGAUAAUGAUAUUUUGGCUAGUGAACGUACAUGGUCUGGAUGGUCAUUGCCAACGUCUGAACGUAGUGUUAGUCUAACAGGACAAACACAAUUUCCCCGUAGGAAUAGAACAGCAUCUGAAGUGGCAGUUCCAUUCUAUACUAAGACCUCAGAUGAUACCUACGAAUGGACAUGGUGCAAUAAUAGUGAACCUCGAAUUCUUCGACAGAGACCGGGUUCUCGAAGGGAUGAUCUGUACAAGAAAUCAUUCGGGAUUGAAAAGAAAGCUCUCGAUAUGUCCAACAAUAUGGCUCUACAAUUGCCAAUGGAUAUUCCACCGGCGGCAACAAAUAAAUCCCUUUUGGGACGUUUCAAGAACUUCCGCAAGAGAGCUAUGAGUUUUGCUGCUAGUUCAGAUUGGCCUGAUGAUGAUGUUGAAGCUGCACGUGAUCAGUACACAGUGCCUCAUGAGAGAAAUACUCCAAUGACUACUUUCCUCAAUACAGCAUCAGCCAGUCGUCGUCCUAGUAAUUUUACAUCGGCUCUGCCAAAUAGAGAUGCGGAUGCCAAUGUGUUGGAGAAGACAACAAUAGCUGAUCUAAUUAGGGCUCUCGAGGUGAUGCACACCAAAGCGGCUUUGUCUGAAUUGAGCACACCACCGCCAACGAGACACAAAUUCGAACCUGCUACACCACCCAAAAUGCCCUCCCUUCUCACUCUGUUCCCGAGGAAUGUGACCUCUGACAACAAUGACUCUAUCACGUCUAUCCAUUCAGAUCGACGUAGGGGAUCCUUACGACCUACCCUCUAUCAUCGUCCUCUUCGUCGACAGUCUGAGGCUAUGAUAACUGAAUUACGUCCACCCCCGUACAACAGCCUUGAUUCCCCGCUGCCCAUGAAAAGACGAUUCAGUGUCCGUCCAUCUGCACUCAGUAUUCCACCUGGCCAGGCUCCAGCUCCAAUUAUCAGUAGUGCAUCAUCUUCUUCGUCAAUUCACAAUGCUCCAAUGGCCAGAAGAGUUUCCAUCCGGCCCAGUCCACUGGCCAGGCAACAAUCAACGCAGUCUGAGACUGGACCUAUUCCCAAGCCUAGCUCUAUCUGGCGUUCUGCCAUUACAUCACGUCUCGGAACAUCACGACAUGCGAGUCUCACAAGUCUCUCGGAACGGAAGAAGAACGAGAGCACCGAUUCGAAAUAGUCACUGUGUAGCCUGUGUAGUGUUAUAAGUGUGCCAAAUUCCGGCCAGCUUGCAAUUUCGGCCACCUUUUUUGUUCCUCGAAUGUCCAUGAACUUUUAGAUUUUAAGUACUCUAGAGAUUAUACAAUGCAAAAGAAUAACAAAAAAUGUAGUUUCGACAAACAAGAUGACGUGAAAAAGAUAUUGGAAGAAUUCCCGAAGGGCAAGGAACUAUGAAAAUGAAGGUGGCCGAAAUAUGGCACCAAAGCUAUGUCUACAUUUUUAUUCAUUUUAAAAUGUAUUAAGAAUGAUUUUAGAUUAAAUAAAGACGGUAAACUCUUUACAAGGUUCCAAGCAACACUAUUUCAGAAGAAAGAAUUUAAAAAAUCAAUUUGCAUUUAAAAUAUUACAUUUCAAACUUGAGACUUUGACGCUUGCAUGCAACUAUGUCGAAAUUUGGCACACUUACCCUACAUUUUAAAAUGAAUAAAAAUAUAGACAUAGCUUUGGUACCCUAUUUCGGCCACCUUCAUUCUCGUAGUUCCUUGGCCUUCGGGAAUUCUUGCAAUAUCUUUUUCACGUCAUUUCGUUUGUCGAAGCUACAUUUUUUGUUAUUCUUUUUCAUUGUAUAAUCUCUAGAGUACGUAAAAUCUAAAAGUUCAUGGAAAUUCGAGGAACAAAAAAGGUGGCCGAAAUUGCAAGUUGGCCGGAAUUUGGCACAUUUACCUUAGGGUAAGUGUGCCAAAUUUCGGCAUAGUUGCAUGCAAGCGUCAAAGUCUCAAGUUUGAAAUGUAAUAUUUUAAAUAUAAAUUGCUUUUUUUAUUAUUUCUUCUGAAAGAGUGUUGCUUGGAACCUUGUAAAGAGUUUACCGUAAUUUACUCUAAAAUCAUUUUUAAUACAUUUUAAAAUGAAUAAAAAUGUAGACGUAGCUUUGGUGCCCUAUUUCGGCCACCUUCAUUCUCAUAGCUCCUUGCCCUUCGGGAAUUCUUCCAAUAUCUUUUUCACGUCCUCUCGUUUGUCGAAGCUACAUUUUUUGUUAUUCUUUUGCAUUGUAUAAUCUCUAGAGUACUUAAAAUCUAAAAGUUCAUGGAAAUUCGAGGAACAAAAAAGGUGGCCGAAAUUGCAAGCUGGCCGGAAUUAGGCACACUUACCCUAGUUGGUUUAAGAAAUAAUGUAUAAAAUAGAAAAAAAAUCAGUAUUUGACGAUGUUCAGGUGUUAUUCAUUUGAAAAUAAGAAUAUAUUUGCAAUUUCAGAAAAAAAAACAUUUACACAAUUCUCUACUUUCUCUG